AUGCCGAACAUCGGGGGUCCGUCGGCGUCCAAAAGGAAAUUGCUGGGAACGGUAGUGAGCAGUAAGUUGCUGUACGCUUCUGCAUCGUGGGCAGAGGUGGCUACCCGAACGGCAAGGAAUCGGGAGUCAAUGUGCCGAGCACAAAUACAGGUGGCACUUAGGAUUAUUCGAGCCUACUGGACCGUAUCAACUGACGGUGCCUUAUUCUUGGCGUCCAUCAUACCGGCCGACUUAAAGGCGCUGGAACGGAAGAGAGUUGCUGACCGGAUCGACGAGCAAGGUCGCGAGGAUAGCGUGGCGAUGAUCAAACUUCAGGAAAGGAGCAUUACCGUUGGAGCAUGGCAAGCAAGAUGGGACGGGUUGAAAAACAGCAGAUGGACGCACACCCUACUACCUAGCGUGUAUAGGUGGAUGCGGAGGCCUGUCUUCCCACUGACCUACCACAUGACGCAAGCUUUGACGGAGAACGGCUGUUUUCGUCAAUACUUGAACUGCAUGAAUAGGUCCCCGGACGCUUCAUGCUGUUACUGUAGUUUUGCCGAAGACACCGCGGAGCACAUGAUUUUCGUUUGCCCUUAA